AUGACAAAACCUUCGCCGUCUGUGAUGGACGACGCUCCUGAACAGGAGGGUUCUGCAGUGCACAACCAUUCCAACAACAGAGCCACUCUCAAUAAUUUUGAAUCAUCGGAAUUAACAUCUUCUCCUCGUCAGCCUUCUGCUUUCAACCAUUCCACUAUAAUGACCACCUCAACAACAGCACUCAUGAAUACAAGUCGUACUAAUGUGGCUCCGAAUAAUUUAACAAGUCAUGAAACUACAUCUUCCAAUCUUCCUCCAUCGUUUGAAAUUACUUGGCAAAAUUUAGACAAGUUCAAAUACUACUCCAUUGGACUAGCUGCAACGAGUACGACACUCGCACUCUUUUAUCCUUUUGAUUUGAUAAAAACUCAUCAACAAAUGAAUAGUGGAAGCUCCAUCAAACAACGUGCAAUUUUUAAAAAUUUAUUUAAAACUUAUGGUUUUCGAGGCUUGUACAAGGGAUUUGCAAUUUCCUUGUUAGGAGCUUGCUCUAUUGAGAGUUUAUACAUGUCGACAUAUGAAAUUGCCAAUCAAGAAUAUUUAAAUAGAAAUAGCAGUAAUGAUGAAACUAAUGAUUCUUUGAAAAACAACAAUAUGGCAGCUCAAAGAGAAAGUGAUAGUACAAGUUUUAAUCGAUACUUUUUGGCUGGUCUCUCAGCAGAUAUCAUUGCCAAUACGUUGGUAGUUCCAUUUGAUGUGAUCUCUCAAAGAAUGAUGAUUUCAACAGUGAAAGAUUUAUCUUCCAUUCAUAUCAUUCGAGAUAUUUUAAACAAAGAAGGAUUCAGAGGUCUUUAUAGAGGUUAUGCAUGGUCCUUGUGUAAAUUUGCUCCAGAAUCUGCAUUGUGGUGGGGAAUUUAUGGUCUAUUAAGGAAAAAGUAUUUUGAGAGCAUUGUUAUUGAGGACUCUCAAAGGAAUGGCAAUCAACUGGUGAAACAUCAACUCUUUUCGUCGGCAUCUUCUGGAAUAUUGGCCGGAACCAUUUGUGCGAUUGUAUUCAAUCCAUUAGAUGUCAUCAAAACUCGACUUCAAACUUUUGAACAGAAAAUGACAUUCAAGCAAGUCAUUACAGAGCUACAUCGGAGUGAUGGAUUAGUGAAAGGACUUUCGAAAGGAAUACUUCCAAAUAUUAUUUUCAUGGCGAGCACUUCCUCUCUUUCCAUCACAGUUUAUGAAUUGGUCAAGAUUUUAUCGAAAACUAGUUAA